UGCAAGAUAUAUACUUUAUUCCUUAUGCAGUUGAUAUUGCAAGAGGUAUUGAAUACAUGUGCUAACUGAAUAUAUCAAUACUGUUGAUGCUUUGUUGUCGAGGCAACCGCAGCCAUAACGUCCGUUAGUUUAGACAUAUUACGCUUGUAGCGCAUCGUAGUGUCACACGAAUAUUUGGCAAGUUCGGAAUACAUUUUUCACUUUUAGAAAACCAAGUGCGGAACUGCUAUAGAAAACUUCAUUAUGAGUGAAAAUGUGAAAUUUAUUGUGACAGAAAUAAAUAAAUUAUUAGGACGAAAUUACAGUAUAAUUGGAUUUAAUAUCUUAAACACUGAAGACUUAUUACAGAUAUUAUGCAGUGUUCUAAUGAAGAUACAGCAACAAGAUUCGGAUACCGAUAUUAAAUUGAAUUCACCAGAAGAAAAUUCUAUAUACGUCUUAACAGCUCUUCGAAUACUUAAUUAUCAAUCUGAUGUGGAUCCCAUACUGUUUAGACAAGGUUUAGUUCGAGGUGAAGUCGAAAUUAUUCAUCCGAUAUUGAAAUGGCUUUUGAUGCAUAUCGAUACAGUUCAGAAAAGAACAUAUUUGUCACAGUUCCUCGUCAAGGUAAGAUAUCAAAGCUUCUUCACAACAUGAUGUACGUUUCCAGACAGUAAACGAAUGUCCACAGGCUUUAUAAGA